CUGCGCUGGCGGCGGUUGGCGUUGGUUUAAGUUUGCCCUGCCCAGAGCCGGAGCAGGCCACGUGGUCCGGUGGUAACCAAUCAGCGUGCGGGAAUUGGUUCUCACAUCGCUGGCGGCUCCGCCUCCUCCCGGGCCCUGAAACUGUCGAGAGAGGAGAGCGGAGAGGCCGUGACACCGGGCGCCGGUCUAUGAGUCACCGUGGUCCAAGUGUAAUGUCUCACACACCGUCUACCUGAUUUGUGAUUGAAAAUUUGUUUGAAAUAAAAUAAUUAUGGCCAGCAAAAGAAAGUCCACCACACCGUGUAUGAUCCCCAUCAAGACCUUGGCGGUGGAGAACAGCACAGAAGAAAACUCCAAAGAUGAAGGUCAGGAGAUAUUACCAGCUACAGAUCUUCUGGACAGCCAAGCUGACCUCCUAACCAACGGGCACGAGAACCUCGACGGCAUGAGCUUUUUCUGCAAGUACUGUAACUAUGGCUCCAAUGAGACAGGCCCGUUUGUUGACCACAUGAACACCAAGCACUGCAACUUCCGGGAUGACCCCUCAUAUGUUUGUAUCGCAUGCAGCUUCCUAGUAAAAGACCCAAAGGAACUAGAAACUCACAACUUGGAUAGUCAUUUUGGGAGCUCCGAUCUCUCCUGGACUGUGGCCAGGCAUGAGGAUUACACUGUGGUGGAGCAAAGUGUCAGCCCCAACCACGUUCAGCUGCCAGAAGUACGAGCGGACGAUUACCCGGAAAUAACCAUUACCAAAAGGUCUGUAAUAAAACAGAAACACAAGCAAGAAAGUAAGAAAAUGAUCAGUAACCAUGCGGGGGAUAACUAUGAGAGAAGAAGCCGAGGGGCCCACAGGAAUGGAUCGGUUUCUAGUGUCAACAAUAUUGUCAAUUCUACCAUUCUAAAUGGAUCCAUCGUAGGAGCGGUCCCUAUGCUCCAGACGCAGCUAGUAACCAUAAACACCCCGCAGUCUGUCAUCCAGCCAAAACUCAACACAGCCAUCAUUACACCCGUUCUGCCUAAAUCUUCUGUCCAGAAAAAUCCAAGUCAACAACUUCCUACUGCCAAAUCCCUCCCUAAAGUAAUGAUUCCCCUGAGUAGCAUUCCCUCAUACAACUCAACCAUGGACUCUAACUCUUUCCUGAAGAACUCCUUCAAUAAAUUCCCAUACCCGACAAAAGCUGAGCUCUGCUACUUAACAGUAGUGACGAAAUACCCAGAGGAGCAGAUCAAAAUCUGGUUCACGGCACAAAGACUUAAACAGGGCAUUAGUUGGUCACCGGAGGAGAUCGAAGACUCCAGAAAGAAAAUGUUUAAUACAGUGAUCCAGUCCAUUCCUCAGCCUGUGCCGCAGCCGACCAUCACUGUUCUGAACGCACCGCUCGUAGCGAAUGCAAAUAGCGUUCAUCAUCUCAUCCAAGCUGCUCUGCCAGGCCAGAUUGUGGGUCAGCCGCAAGGGGCGGGCGGUUUGCUUGUCACUCAGCCCAUUGUAACAAACGGAAUUCAAGGGACUACUGUGCCCAUAACAGUGCCCUCCGUCACCACAGACGAAUCGGGGCUAGACUUUGAUUAUCAGAUGACCACAUCUCCUGGUAUGCCAUCACCAAACUCUUACGACACAAGUGCACGGAGCAAAAAGUCACGGCAUCAGCUUGGUGCACUAAAAAACAGCUUUUGCAAAAGCCAUUAUCCUUCACAUAGCGAAGUUGCAAAACUUACAAGAAUCACAGGAUUGACAACGAGAGAUGUUAGGAAAUGGUUCAGCGAUAAGAGAUAUCAUUUCCGCAACAAACCACCAUCUUUCGAGCCUAGCGACCAAGUUGCUGACACAAACUCUGACCUAAUGUAUACCAUGGUAAAAGACGCCGAUGCAGACUUUGCACUUCCGAUAAGUCAUACGCCGACUCAUCAUCCGAGGAGACAGUCGUGGCAUCAGACACCAGACUUCACAGUCACCAGAUACAAGGAGAGGGCACCGCAACAAAUCAGAGCUUUGGAAAGUAGUUUUGCACAAAAUAGUGAACCUUCUGCGGAGGAGGUGAAUCGGCUACGGGGCGAGACUAAAAUGACAAGACGUGAAAUAGAUGGCUGGUUCUCCGAAAAACGCAAGAAAAUAGCUGAGGAGCUCAAGAAAGAGCAAGCUCGGCAUGAAGAUGAGGAGGCAUCUGCCGAGGAAAUAGAGGUCUCAGAUGUCAAAUCUAUCGAUGACUGUGUCUCCCACACAGUAGAAAACAGCCCCUCCAUGUCUGAGAGGAAGGUGAACCCAAUAAAAAUCAAUCUGAAAGCUCUUCGUGUCACCGAGUCAGGGGACAACAUUGAGGUCUCAAAGGAUGAUUAUACUGCACCUAAUAAUGGCGGAAGUAGGCCGUCCACGCCACAGAAAACUAGACCACCCAUGAAGAAGACUGCCAAGCAGAGGGACAGCUUAAAGCAGAUGUUUGUGAAAACCCAAUGGCCGUCCACUGAGGAGUACGACAAACUGGUGGAAAACACAGGACUGGCACGGUCAGAAAUCGUACGCUGGUUUGGGGACAGCAGGUACUCCUACAAAAAUGGCAAUUUAAAGUGGUAUGACAACUAUAAGAAAGUUUUUGCUGACAAUAAACCUUUGUACGUAAAACCUCUUCUGGAUUACUUCCGUAAGUGGCAAGGGUUAAGGGAGGAUGAUCUGGACAAUCUGUGUGAAAAGACUGGGAUGUCCGCUGACGAAAUUAGGUCCUGGAUUGCACAGAAAUUGGAAGGUGACACACAGCAUCCAUUGGAUGAGGGCGUUGAUGACCCGCAGUCCGCCAGUGGUGAGAGACCAGAGGAGGAGGCAGAGGAGAAGCUGCAGGAUGAGUGUCUAGAACCUUCGGAAAACUGUGAAUAUUGGGAGCCUAGUUCUCAGGAAGCCGUUGCAGAUCAAGUGUCAUCUCAGCCCUCGUGUGUCCAGCCAGAAACUGCAGAUCUAGUAUCAUCUAAGCCAUGGGUUUUCGAGCUAGAAACCAUUGAUCUAAUGUCAUUUCAGUCUUGGGGCUUCCAGCUAGAACCUGCAAAUCAAGAGUCAUCUCAGCCCUCGGAUUUCCAGCUAGAAACCAUUGAUCUAAUGUCAUCUCAGCCAUGGGGUUUCCAGCUAGAAACAGACUGAACAAAAGAAAAAGACGUAAGAAUCCGAUCUCCAGCGUCUGCACAGGGAUUCACGUGGCCACAAAGUGUUUGCAUUGUGCCACCCCCGAGACACGAUGACCACGCAUAGGAUUUAAAGGGACCCUGUUCCCACGAGCAGAACUGUGCGGGCGGCGUUCUCUCCAGUGUAUAUACGUAUAAAUAUAUAUAUAUAUACCGCCUCCCAGACGUUCUGAAUUCUGUUUGCGGCUUUGUAUUUUUCUACGCCCGGUCCUGUUCAUUGUUAUGUGUUUUGGUACAGACGCUUAUUUAUAUUACAGAAAAGCUAUAACCAUUUAGUAUUCCUUAAAAGAAAAUGGAUUUAAUAUGGAACUUUCUAGCGAGAAUCUUGUUCGGACUAACUGGUUGUAAAUAAAGUUUUUUUUUUUUUUGGGGUUCCCCCCCCUUUACUCGUUGCUAUGACAUGGGGUACAGAAGAUGCAUUGAACUAAGAUUUUGUGCUAGACAUGUGUCUGUAUCUUAAAGGGGU